UCUAAACUAGCUAUGGGUUUAUUAUUAAUUAAUAAUAGUUUUUGUUUAUUUAUCUUGUGUGUGUUUGUUUUAGUACCGGUUACAUAUUCAGCACGAUUUGUACCAAAAUGGAAGAAACAGGCUUGUGAAAUACCCACAGCUCAAAACGAAUACAGUCAUUACACAUGUGAUGAUAAUGGUGACGUCAAAUGUUUACCAGGAUGGACAGGAGAUUUAUGUGAUGUUCCAAAAUGCCGUAAAGGAUGUGAUCCAUUACAAGGAUAUUGUACACGACCGGGUGAAUGCCGAUGUAAAUUAGGAUUUUAUGGUGAACGAUGUACAAAAUGUAUACCAUUACCUGGAUGUCAGCAUGGCUACUGUAAUCAAAGUUUCGAAUGUUUAUGUCAAAAAGGAUGGGAUGGUUUAUUCUGCUCUGAACCAAUUUGUAGAUCUGAUUGUCAUGCCACUCGAGGAUAUUGCGAACAACCCGGUGAUUGUCGAUGUCGUUUAGGUUGGGCUGGACCAACAUGCCAUGAAUGUCAAGUUUUACCAGGAUGUGUACAUGGAUACUGUACAAAACCACUUGAAUGUAAAUGUUUACCAGGAUAUACUGGAAUUUUAUGUCAAAGCCCAAUUUGUGCAGCCAAUUGUCAUAAAGAACGUGGCUAUUGUCGUAGACCAGGAGAAUGUCGGUGUAAAGUAGGAUGGUGGGGUGAAAAUUGUGAUAAAUGCUUCCCAUAUCCAGGAUGCCGAAAUGGUGGAUGUAACAGGCCAUGGGAAUGUAACUGUCAUCCUGGUUGGGGUGGAAUGCUUUGUGAUCAAGAAUUGACAUAUUGUGAUAAUCAUCCUGGUAUUUGUGAAAAUUCAGCGAAAUGUGUAUCAUUAACAAUUGAAGAUGGCAAUUAUCGAUGUUUAUGUCGAGAAGGAUAUACUGGACGUAAUUGUGAAGUACCCGAAAAAGCUGUUUUACCUGGAAGACCAAUGAAUAGCAGUUUUAUAGUAUCAAUAACUACAACGACCACGACUUCAACAACUACAGAAAAACCUACCACAAAUUUAAUGAUUGUAACUCCACAAAGUAGUAAUAUUACGUAUAAUAAUUCUUCAUCUUCAAUGUUACCAGCAACGAUCGAAAACGAAACAUAAUUCAGUAACAUUUUACUGGACUUGUG